UAUGCCAGGAGACUUUGACAGCACCAUCGUUCGUGUUUCCAUGGAAACAGUGGCCUCUGCCUGGGAACAUGGCCCCUCAAACCUUUGUGACUUUGAUGAGAGCAGGAAGAUGCUGUGGGAAUCUUAUUGUGUUGUCACUCCUCCUGCUGGUCUAACGUGGACACAGCAGCUCUCUCCUCACAUCCAGAGGAACAAACAGCUCCAGGACACUUUGCUGCAGAGGGAGGAGGAGCUGGUCAGGCUGCAGGAGGAGAACAAGAAACUCAGAGGAUUCCUCAAUUCCUCUUUUGUGAGGAACCUGCAGGAAAAAGCUAAGAAACUAACCGCAGACAGGAGAAGAAAGCUGAAAAGGAACCUGAAGAACUCUGUUCACGAACUAUCCCAAACCUGCAGUCAUUCCUUCUCCCAACAGAUCACCAGGAGACUCUGCAGAAACCUGACAGCUGAGUUCUGCUCCGAGUCCUCCGAGGGGCCAGCUUGUUCAGAACCAAACCUUGAUCUGUGGGUCCUGCGAACGUUAGGCUUGAAGGACAGAAACACCAUAGAUACUUCAGGUGAAUCCCCAUCUGAAUACAACUUCAGAAAUCUGGUUUAUGAUGAUGGCAUCAACUCAACGCUGCCUGCAGAACACACACCCAGCUUCACUUUCAACUCCCCAGUGCCCUUGUCUACACUGCCCUCUGUCCAAAGUUACUGCCAAACUCUUGCAGGGGAGACGGACUAUAGAUCGUCUGAACCUGGCUAUGCUGCCAUGCCAACUCAGACCUGUUCAGGAUCUCCAGAAAACUUCACUGCCCCUGUGCUGACUGAAUUUCAGCCAGACAGACCUGAGACCUGCUGUAUCAGUGGAUCCCAACCGCUGCAGACAAGCUCUAGAAUGAUCUCUUCCAACUGGUUUCCACAUCCAGACUACUGGACUCCAUCCGACCCUGACUUUGUCUCUUUCGACUCAUCCUCCAGCUCAGUACUCUGCGAAUCUCAGCUGCCUUCUAGUGAUUUCAGCCCCACAAUUCAGCCAGAUAUAUCUCAGCCCUCCAAACCUCCUCAGACACAUCACAAAGGAACUGAUUUGGCUUUCAGCAUGUCCCUCAGCCCGUCCAGUAGUGUGAAGACUCACAGCUUCCCCCAGGGACAAGCCUUUAUCAGGAAGGACCCAGGGGGUCGGUGGAACUUUACCUGGGUUCCUCGACAGGAACCGUGACAAACCUAAAGAUUUCUCAUCAAAUAAUGUAGAAAACUCCAGUUUUAACCUGUUGAUUGUAUUCCUAACAGGCCCAUAAGUGUGAUCCAUCCUGGUGACUGAAAUGUACAAAGUACAGUAGUUUAUUAAUUCUGCUUGUUGAUUAAGGAAAACCUGGACCAGGAAUUAUAAAAUGAACAGGAACAGGAAUGAAACAUGCUUCAGGUAUUUUGACGAA